GUACAUACUGUUUGCUAUUGAAAACCGAGAUGCGACAACCGACUCGUUCAAAAAAAGUACCAAAGAGUAUAAUUGAAAAGUACUCUAUGGACUUGUUCUUGAAUUUUGAUUUUGUCCUAUUCAUUGGAUCGUGAUUCGUGAGUCGUGAGUGUACUGUGUAUCCAAAUUUGAGGUCUUGUGUCAGACUUCAGAGUACGGUAAAAAAAAAAGAAAAGCAAACGUGUUCUUGGUUAUGUGAUCAUUAUAAUUAAACGUGUUUUUACUUCAUACUUUUUGCAAUAAUAACUUAUUAUAAAAUCUGUACUUAUUGUAAUUUCUGCGGUCGAAACUUUAAUAAUUACGAAUGGUGAAUGGAUAUGAUAAACUACGACCGGUUAUAAGUCGCUGUUUGAAGAUAUAUCAACGAAAUAGCUUUUUAAUGGAAAGCAUAUAUUAGCACAGCAAUAGUAGGUAACGAUGUCUUACAAUUCCACGCUUGACGAAUUCUGCGGAUCAAAAUUUUGGGAUAGCAAUUUAACAUGGUAUACAUCAAACCCAGAGUUUACUCCGUGCUUCGAAAGGACAGUACUUAUUUGGAUACCAUGUGGUUAUCUAUGGCUUACUGCUUUACUUGAUACUUAUUAUAUACUGCAUAGUAAGGAGAAGAAUAUACCAUGGAAUAUACUGAAUAUCAGCAAAUUGAUCAUAACAAUACUUUUAAUUGUACUGAAAUUUGUGGACUUGGGUGUAACUGUACAUAAAUCUUCUAAAGAAGAGGAGGAUGUUUUCAAUGCAGACUAUUACUGUCCUAUUGUAAAAAUAUUUACUUUCGUACUUGCGGCAACACUACUGUACUAUAAUCGAAAAUGUGGUAUGAGAGCUUCGGGAGUUUUAUUCUUCUUUUGGUUGCUCUUAAUAUUAGCAGGAUUACCUCAGCUUAGAUCUGAAAUAAUGAACCAUUAUGAACGAGCUGACGAUGAAAAUGUUCAAUAUAAUUUCGUCAGUUACAUGAUAUACUAUCCAAUGAUUCUCUUAAUGUUUGUACUUAAUUGUUUUGCUGACCUUCCUCCUAGAGAUUCACCUUAUAAAUAUGAGAAGAACCAAUGCCCCGAAAACGCUUCGGGUUUCCCCAGUCGUCUCACAUUUAGUUGGUUCGAUCCUUUAGCACUUACUGGUUUCCGAAGAAGUUUAACUGAAAGCGAUCUCUGGGCCCUUAAUCCUGAAGACUCUUCGAAGGAGGUUGUUCCACGUUUCGAUAAAUUCUGGGAGCGAACACUGAGAAAGAGAGAAGCGGCGAACGGUCCAAAGGCGACGUAUAGCAAAACAUCGGCUAGUGUAAACUUCAAACCGGAAAGCGAAAAAAAACCAGCAUCUAUUCUACCAGCCCUUUGUUUGGCGUUUGGAGGACAAUUUCUGUUUGGCGCGCUACUCAAGCUCAUUAACGAUGUGCUAAUGUUUUUAUCUCCGCAAUUACUUAAACUUUUAAUAGGAUUUGUGGAGGGCAAGGAACCGGUAUGGAAAGGUUAUCUUUAUGCUGUUGGCCUGUUGACAUGUGCGACAGCACAAACACUGCUAUUAGGGCACUAUUUCACGAGAAUGUACUUAGUCGGCAUGAAAAUAAGGACCGCCUUGACGAGUGCCAUAUACCGAAAAUCGCUUCGAAUCUCAAACGCGGCGAGGAAAGAGUCGACGGUGGGAGAGAUUGUGAACCUUAUGUCGGUUGAUGCGCAAAGAUUUCUAGAGCUUACAGCAUACCUGAACAUGGUAUGGUCAGCACCUCUACAAAUAGCACUUGCGCUAUACUUCCUAUGGGGUAUCCUCGGGCCAUCGGUGUUGGCGGGUCUGGCCGUGAUGAUCGUGCUCAUACCGGUCAACGGGCUGAUAGCCAGCAGGGUCAAGACGUUGCAAAUAAGACAGAUGAAGUACAAGGACGAGAGGGUGAAGCUGAUGAACGAAGUGCUUAAUGGCAUCAAGGUUUUAAAAAUGUACGCUUGGGAACCCAGCUUUGAAGAACAAAUUCUCAAAAUAAGAAAUAAGGAGAUGAACGUUUUAAAACAAACGGCGUAUCUCAAUUCCGCUACCUCCUUUAUAUGGUCUUGUGCACCUUUCUUGGUAUCACUGAUGUCAUUCGGGUGCUUUGUUCUGGUAAACGACACAGAAGUACUGGACUCUAAAAGAGCUUUCGUUGCUCUAUCUCUUUUCAACAUAUUGCGUUUUCCGCUAUCCAUGCUGCCUAACGUAAUAUCGAAUGUAGUGCAAACGGCUGUUGGUAUGAAAAGAUUAAAUAAAUUUAUGAAUUGCGAAGAAUUAGACAUCGAUUCAGUGGAACAUGAUCCAAAAGACCCUAACCCCCUAUCGAUAGAGAACGCUCACUUUUCAUGGGGAGACGAUUCGGAACCCGUGCUAAAGAACAUCAACCUGCAAGUGCCUCGCGGUCACUUGGUGGCGGUGGUGGGCGCGGUCGGCUCUGGCAAGAGUUCGCUUCUUGCCGCCUUGCUGGGCGAAAUGAACAAGAUCUCUGGUCGUGUUAAUACUAACGGUACGACAGCGUAUGUGUCUCAACAAGCAUGGAUUCAAAAUGCAACACUCCAAGACAAUAUUUUGUUUGGCAAGCCCCUAGACAAAAGCAAAUAUAACAAUGUUAUUAACAUGUGCGCCCUCAAACCGGACUUCGACGUGCUACCCGGAGGUGAUCAAACAGAAAUUGGUGAAAAAGGAAUCAAUUUAUCCGGUGGUCAAAAGCAGCGUGUAUCGCUCGCGCGCGCGGUGUACUACGACGCCGAUAAUUACUUCCUCGACGAUCCUCUCAGCGCGGUGGACUCGCAUGUUGGCAAGCAUAUAUUCGAUAAGGUCAUUGGACCAUCUGGCCUAUUGAAAGAGAAAACUCGCGUGUGGGUCACGCACAACGUGUCGUACCUCGCGCAAACAGACUUGGUGGUGGUACUGCGCGACGGUGAGAUAUCUGAAGUGGGAACGUAUCAGCAGUUGUUGGAGAAGAAGGGAGCCUUCGCUGAGUUCCUUUUGCACCACCUGAGUGAUGCUGAAAGGACUUCUCCGGAAGAAUUGGAUGAAAUCAAACAAGACUUGGAAAGUAAGUUGGGUUCCGAGUUCCAAAAUAAAUUGCAGAGAGCCCGCUCGCUCUCCGAAAGCACGUCUGAAUCUGAACUACCUGCCGCAGGAGACAGAAGUGGAAGUGUGAAGAGGCGCACCCCAGACGGCACUACGGCAAAUGAUUUAAAGGAAAAGAACAAGCUUAUUGAAGCAGAAAAGGCGGAAACUGGCAGCGUGAAAUGGGCGGUAUACAAGCACUACCUGACGAGCGUGGGCGUGUUCGCGUCGGUGAUCACGAUCGUGAUGAACCUGGUGCUGCAGCUGUUCCAGGUCGGCUCCAACUACUGGCUCGCCAAGUGGUCCAAUGAUGAUACUAUGUUGGUGAAUGGAACGGUAAAUAAAAGCACAAGGGACAUGUACCUUGGUGUGUACGGCGGCCUCGGAAUUGGACAAGUGGUGUCGGUGUCGGUGUCGUCGCUGGCGCUGUACCUGGGCACGCUGGUGGCGGCGCGCGCGCUGCACGCGCAGCUGCUGGCGGGCGUGCUGCGCGCGCCCUCCAUCGGCUUCUUCGACUGCACGCCCACGGGCCGCCUGCUCAACCGCUUCAGCAAGGACGUGGACGUGCUGGACAACGUGCUGCCUAUGACGCUCCGCGGGUGGACCGCCUGCUUCUUCGCGGUACGCGCUCGCCGGCGGAUGCGCUUUAUGUAUUUUUUAAGAUUGCCUAACAGUUAUAUUCGGGCGGCAAAGGUCUUGCACGAGCUUUUAUUAAGGAAUAUAUUAAAGGCUCCUUUGCAAACCUUCGAAGUAACGCCUAUCGGUCGGAUUCUGUCUAGAUUCUCUAAAGACGUAGAUGUCGUGGACACCUCGCUACCCUCGCAACUCUCCGACGUGAUGUAUUGCACAUUUGAGGUCUUGGGAACACUAUUCGUAAUCAGUUACUCGACUCCAAUAUUCAUGGCGAUAAUCUUGCCGAUCGGAGUUGUGUACUACAUCAUACAAAGAUUUUACGUGGCCUCGUCGCGACAACUCAAGAGGCUGGAGUCAGUGUCUCGCUCGCCUAUCUAUUCGCACUUCGGUGAAAGCAUCACGGGCGCUUCUACAAUUCGAGCUUAUGGUGUUACUGAAAGAUUCGUGGAAGAGUCGGAGCGCGGCGUGGACUACAACCAGCUGUGCUACUACCCCAGCUGCAUAGCGAACCGGUGGCUGGCGAUCCGGCUGGAGAUGAUCGGCAACCUGAUUAUAUUCUUCUCGGCGCUGUUUGCCGUGCUCGGCCGCGAGACCGUCGACCCGGGGUUGGUCGGUCUGUCCGUCAGUUAUGCUCUGCAGAUUACACAAACUCUGAAUUGGCUCGUAAGAAUGACUUCGGAUGUUGAAACUAAUAUUGUAGCUGUUGAGAGAAUAAAGGAGUACGCUGAGACUAAGCAGGAGGCGGCGUGGACGGUGGGCGGCGGGCCGGGCGCCACGUGGCCGGAGACGGGCGCGCUGCAGCUGGAGCGGCUCACGCUGUGCUACCGCGCCGGCGAGCCCGUGCUGCGCGAGCUCACGUGCGCCGUGGCGCCGCGCGAGAAGCUCGGCAUCGUCGGCCGCACCGGCGCCGGCAAGUCCACGCUCACGCUCGGCCUCUUCCGCAUAGUGGAGCCGUCUAGCGGCAAGAUCAUGAUCGACGGUAUCGACAUUUCGACAAUCGGCCUGCACCAGCUGCGCUCGCGCAUCACGAUCAUCCCACAGGACCCCGUGCUGUUCUCGGGCACGCUGCGCAUGAACCUGGAUCCCUUCGGCACGUUCUCUGACGAUGAUAUAUGGAGAUCAUUGGAGCAUGCGCAUUUGAAGGCCUUCGUACAAGGGCUCCCGUCGGGGCUGCUGCACGAGGUGUCGGAGGGCGGCGAGAACCUGUCGGUGGGCCAGCGGCAGCUCGUGUGCCUCGCGCGCGCGCUGCUCCGCAAGACGCCGCUGCUCGUGCUCGACGAGGCCACCGCCGCCGUCGACCUCGAGACCGACGAGCUCAUACAGAAAACAAUUCGGUCCGAGUUUGCAUCGUGCACGGUGCUAACAAUCGCGCACCGUUUGAACACCAUCAUGGACUCGACUCGCGUGAUGGUGCUCGACAAAGGCCACCUUGUGGAAUACGCGCCCCCAGAACAGCUGUUACAAGACAAAAACUCGAUAUUCUACAGCAUGGCCAAAGACGCCGGCCUCGUCAAUUAAUAACACUUUCGAUUUAAUAAAUAUUUUACAAAACGUUCAUUUUAUACGAUGGCAAUAAUUUGUACAAAGGUGGUAAUCUCGCCUGUACUAGAAUGUAACGGUCACUUUGACUCGAUGCGAUAGUAGGUUUUAUUUUGUUAUACGCGAGUAAUAGUGUUCACAUUUUAUAGUUGUUACACUCGUAAGUGAUUACUUAAUUUAUUUUGGGGAGUUAUUUACAUUAUCGCUUAGAUAAAUAGUGUAUUCUAUUAGUUAUUUUUUAACUAUGUUUUUUUUUGUAUUACAAUGCUUAGUUAAUAAUAAAUCUGGGUAAGUAUGAUAUGUAAUUUUUUAUUCAAAUAAAUAGUAUUUCUAUUCACAAUUUACACUUUUAAAUAUUAUUCUAAAUAUCAAACUGAUAUUCGCUACUUAACUAAAUCACACAUGUACUUAAAAGCAUUUAAAAUAGUUUAUUAUUUUAUUAUACAAAAAUAGUAAUUACAUAUCAAACUUAUUCAUUUAGUUUUUAAUAAUGUAAUGGUAAAUAAAUGUUUUGAAUAACGCAAUUCAAGCAAUAACUCGUACUUCUUAGCAAGACUGACUUAAAUGUUCGUUUAAUCACAGUCAUUCAAAUAUAUAUAAAACACAUACAUCCAGUUACUUAGAUUAAUGUAAAUAGUAAAAACAUUACAUAUCUCGUACGAUUUAUUUUUAUUUUCUAUAUCAUUAUAUAAUGUACGUUGAAAUGUAUAACUAUAUUGGCAGCGACACGUAGUUACCACUAAGCCGCCCUUUACUUAAUUUUUAAAUAAAUGUUUAUUUUUAAUGUUGCGUUAUCGUGUUUAACUUUAAUUUUUAACGGUCAGUAUCCGCUAACGGAGUAGAGACGCGUUAUAUCGGAAACAUUAAGAUUUCGUAUGUUAAGCGAGAUUCUGAACGAAAUCUUAUUGAUUUUCAUCUCUCUUCGAUUUAGAGAAUACGUAUUAUUUAGUUAUAGUUCUUACUAAUAUUAGUAGCAGCUACCAACUGCCUCUGUGUCGUCUUAGAUUCCUUGUCUCGAAUAUUAUGAUGGAUGAUUCAUAACCCAUUGUUUAUUUAACUAUCAUUGAUCAAUAAUUUUUUUAAUUUAUCACAAAAUAUAUUACAAGUACGUAAAGAUUAAAUUUUUCUUUCGAUUCGUAUUAAUAUACAUUUUAUAAUGAAUCUAAGACGACCGCCUGUGUAUAUAAUAAGUAGUUUUUUUUUUUUUUUUUACAAAUGUCAUUGCAUUUUAGUAACUAUAGAAUACGUUAAGAUUACUAACUGGUGCAAUUUUAAUAUUUGCUUUUUAUUGUUAAAAUAUACAGUGGGAUUGGUUGAUAUAGAUACAUUCAAGAGAGGCGUAACUCUCGGCGUACCUAAACGUGAUCAAUAUAUAAUCAGAAUAUAGAAUACACUUUCCGAAAAACAAAUACCAAUUUAGUAUGAUUCUCCGCUAACCAAUCAUACUGUAUACAUACUUUUCGUUAAUCAUAAAAUUUGUCAGGUUAAUUGUUACUAGUAUAAUAUUUUAAAUACAAUACGGUGCCUGCAGAUCAUUGUAUCAAUAACAUCUAAUAACUUAAGGAUAUACUCAAAGUAAAACGUAUAAAAGGUUAUAGUAUGUACCAUAUAUAUUAUACUUUUAUAGUUCUGUAUCAAAAUAUUUUAUGGAGGUAUCAAAUACAGAUGUUCUACUUAUGGGGUAUAAAGGUAACAGUAUGAUAUUUAUUUAAAGUGUCCGUCGGAAAGUGUUAAAUUACCGUUCGAAAGUGGCGCAUUUAAGUACAACGUAUAACUGGGUAUAAAAUUAAAAGUUCUCGUUAUCUAUACACUCAAUAAUUAGAUGCAAGAAAAUGGUUGUUCCCCCUGUUGAUACCUUACGUACGAAGUACGUUUCUCCUUUAAAUUGGUAACAUCACGUCUCCGUUAUACAGAUUUAUACAUUCCGAUUAGAGUUUCGAUUAUGUACAAAAUCAUAGAUAACAAAACAUUUAACAUACUUUGCGAUCCAAGUAAGAUUAGGAUCGAUUCAGCGCUAUUUUGUGACGUCACAGGUUAAAUGAAACUCAUUCAAGUAAUAACGUUCGUAAUUAAAUUUUAUAUUAGAAUACACCGAAAUAUACAGACAAAUACAUGCAUAUUGGUAUGCAAAAGAGGAUUUCUUUAAUAGUACGAUGUCUUAAUCAAUCAACCGAUUGAUUGAGUCAUCGAUCAAUCGACGUUAGUUCUGAAUUUUGCCACGCGCCAAUAAAUUUCUUUUAGCACUAUAAACAAAUAACUGCUAACGUGCUAACGUAAAAAACUAUUUACAUACAUACAUAUAUAUUUUUUUUUAUUACUCUUGACGCAUAUUGAUCACUGACGUUUCUAUUCUUAAUUGGAUCCCGAUGAAAGGAUAUUUUGUUAUUUAAACAGUUGUAAUAUGCCACCUCGAAUUUUCACAGUUUAGCUACAAAAUAGGAAUUCCGAAUUCAAACUACCUACAUUCUUUUGUUUGGAACGGUUACAUCACAUUUUAUACACUAAUUACUUUGUAAUACAAAAUAUUUUUGUUUAUUCUUCUUGACUUAUAAAUUGGAUCAAGAUUCUUACAUUGAAACAACUUUUCUAAAUUUGCAAAAUAUGUUGAAUUCAUAAAUAUAGAAAUCCCAGUGGAAUCUUCGUAAUAAUAAGCAAAUUAAGUUUUGUAACUAACAAAUUGAAUUUGUUCAAAAUAUUUUAAACAGCAAAUUAAAUAUGUAUUUCACUAAAGUCUAAUAAUUACACAAUAUCGAUAUUUGAAUUUUAUACUACAAUCAUUAAAAUGUCCAAUGCUAUCGGAGCAAUAUUUUUUACUAAGCAUAGUUGUGAGUAAUCAUAAAUUAAAUUAUAUAUGAUUUUUGCGAAAAUUUCUCAAAUAUUGAACAAAACUAUAAUAGAUUAUGGAUUUAGAAAUGCGUUCGUGUGUUUAUUGUUUAUAACAAUUAUGCGUAAUUUUGUAAAACCUUUAUGAUAUAUUUUAACUUCACUUCUCAUUCAAUUUAUUCAUCUGACGCCGUUCCUUCCUUAGGGAGAGAUUGUUGUCCGAAUCAAAUGACUAUAGCACACUUACUGGAUGAUCAAUAUAUAUCUAUUGGUUUUUGAAUUAAAUAUUUUUUUUUAACAGAAACAUGUUACAUACGUUAAUAUUUUACUUUAACAUAAUUAUAUCUGUUAUAUUUAAGCAACUCAUGUUCCAACGAUAUCUGAAUGUAGCCUUACUGGAAUUAAAUAAAUGCGAAUAAACACUGACUAAAUAACUAAGUGCCUAAAGAAUUCAUCUUAGUAGUCCUUAGAUAUAAUUGAUGUGUUUAUUUAGUUGUUAUUAACCUGAAAUGAAGAUUAAUGCUUAGGAAAGUAUUGUAAUAAUGUCACAAAAAUAAUAUCAGUGCCUAUAAUUAUUUAAUGUAUUAAUUAUAGAUAUUAAAAUACUCUUGCCAAGGAAAGGUGUCUGUGCUUAAAACAUUUACUUGCUCUUUUCUUGGUCUGAAUUAUAAUAUUAGUUGUGGUACCCUGAAUGUGCAAAAUAUUCACGUGACGCCGGCUAUAUGUAUGAUGGACUUUUAUAUUGUAUUGUUCUAUGUUUAUUUUUGUGACUAAACGUGUCAAAGAGACAUUACGAUGUUUUAAACUAAUUUUUAAAUCUUUUUCAGUUUUUUUUUCAGAUUUUUCAGAUUUUCCGUAUUUUGUGUAUUGGUACUUUACAGGAAUGUUGUAAUUGCACAUUUAUUAUAAUUUCGCUUGGAUAGAGGACAUGAAAUUAUGAAUAUAAAUUUAUCCACUCAAUUAUUAUGAUAAACUUUUUUAUAUCGUGGCAUGUAAAGAAAGUUUUUCUAGGUGUAAUAUAAUUAUAUAAUUACCUAUUACUUUUGUUAUGAAUGAAUAAUUUUUGUGAAAUACAGGAAUAAAGCAGAGAAUAUUUCUAU